GCAUAACUUUUAUGCUGAAUCCAAGGGUCCCGUGAGCCAUUCUAUUUUCAAGUGUUGUUUCUGAAACAUGCUAUUCUGAGCUGUAGGCUAUGCCGAUGAUCUGGCCAGUCGGACCCUUGCCAUAUCACUCCACACCAACAACCGUGCUCCGCAUCAAACUCCCUCAUAUGAAAUUGUAUAGAAUAGACUAUUAUAUCGUUGUUUGUCGCAGGUUGAACAUAUAUAGGUGCUUUGGUCCAAGAUAUGGCGGGGACUGCAAGUCAUGGUCAUCGCUAGAUACGCUAUAGAAUCGCACUUAUCAAGCCAUUAGCUUCUCUCUGUAUCAUUGCUCCAAUAAUUGUCGCGACGGUCCGCAGUGUUGCGCAAUCUGGAUUACUUUACGAAUACGAUGUCAAAUUCCAACCGGGACCACAAGAGAGCUUCAUCACUACCAGGACAUGACAUCAAGCAGUCCCAGAUAUCAAAUGAAUAUGUGGUACCAGGUCGACUCCUAUGGCUUCCGAAAGUGAAGGAAGGCCCGAAAGUUACAUUGAAACCUCUCCAGUCGUCGCCUUUCCUCGAGGAUGAGGACUACGGCACGCCAGUUGUGGUAUGCUCGCGUCCAGCCGAGAGACCGGAUUCAGUGCAUGUGCAUCUCGUCGAUCUGUUCCAGAACCACAAUCUCGAAGACGUCUUUUCCCGUGGUCGAUAUGCGCUGCAUCACCGCCUAUCCUAUCUCCCAAUCUUUCCGUCAUCACCACAUCCAGAUCAUGACAAGACGGAGUACCUUCCUUCUCUUGAACUAGCACACGACCAAGAGAUUCCGGGAAACGUUUACAUCAACGUACGUACCGUGUACUCUGUUGAUUGGCGGUACCUCGAGCCCUUCGCACAGACAGGAUGUCGAUUGGAGCACCACGCACUCACAACGCUACUGAAUAGGAGCAGACAACUUAACGGCUACCUGCCUGGUCCUCAAGUUGAAUUUACUCGUGCAAGAAGCGUGACUUUGCCAACUAGGGCAAGGGCCAGUACGUACAAAGUUUCCCCUGUCAAGGCCGCGAGCUAUCCAGUUCCGGAAGCUUCUCAGGAGAAGCCAGUGAGGGGCCCUAGAUUGAGUGUUUCCAUUCCGGACCAGAAUAUGGGAUACGGGACAAUGCUAAGUGAUCCGGGAUCUCAGCCGGAGAGGAAGAUUCCGCAGAAUGAACCAGAUCGAUUGAACGAGUGCAAGUCUGUGCUUGACUCGUUCGUGGGAACGGCGACGAAGUGGACCGGAAGUCUUCUAUCGACCGCAUGCUGGAGGCGAACUAGAAAGUGGCAUCCAAAGGAUGACGUUGGGGAUUAUCAGAAACUGGAGAGUGCUUAUUAGCGAUAACGGCGUGCUUGCGUUUCAUGGGGGCGUUUUUGUAAAAAUGUGUGACAGAAUUUUCUUCAGGGAAAUUGAUUUUCCCUUUUGUACAUCGCUUUUAUGAUUACUUAUUUGUUCUUUCCAGCCAUUGCCAUGGUCGUGGAGCAACAUUGACGCGAAGAUGAAGAACAUCAGCUAUGGCAUAAUAGAGAGGUAACUUAGUUCAUGGUCAAU